CAACCCUCCGAUUUAAAUAACCACUAAAAGGAAUUCCAACAAUAAACAAAUCAGCACAAAAUCUUUCGAUAUCAAAUUGAGAAAACCAUUUUCUGGAUUCUGGGUUUCUACUUCUCUACUCAUCUAUCAGUCAAACUCGAUUUGAGAUGUCGAUCUUGGGUUUAAUGGGGUCUGUGAAGGAUGAAGAGAAGAUAGAGAUGGUCGGACAAGGGUCAAAGGAUGCUAUUUUGUAUGUCAAUGGAGUCCGCAAAGUGCUUCCUGAUGGUUUGGCUCACUUAAGUCUGCUCGAGUAUCUCAGAGAUGUAGGUUUAACAGGAACAAAGUUGGGAUGUGGUGAAGGAGGUUGUGGGGCAUGCACUGUGAUGGUUUCUUACUUUGAUCAAAACUCGAAGAAAUGUGUGCAUCAGGCGAUCAAUGCUUGCUUGGCUCCGCUAUAUUCUGUCGAAGGAAUGCACGUAAUCACAGUGGAGGGGUUAGGGAACCGGAGAUUUGGUUUGCAUCCAGUCCAGGAAUCAUUGGCACGUAGUCACGGCUCACAAUGUGGAUUUUGUACACCUGGAUUUGUCAUGUCUAUGUAUGCAUUAUUGAGGUCUAGCAAAAGCCCACCUAGUGAAGAGCAGAUUGAAGAAAGCCUUGCAGGAAAUUUGUGUCGAUGUACUGGUUAUAGACCGAUUCUUGAUGCAUUUCGAGUCUUUGCCAAGAGUAAUGACUUGUUAUACACGAGUGGUUCUGUUCCGUUACAAGAACCUAGAGAGGGUGAGUUUGUUUGCCCUUCGACUGGUAAGCCGUGUUCUUGUGGGUCCAAAACUGUUGGCGGCAAAGAAACCUUCCAACAAACUAAUAUUUGCCACAGUGACUUUAAGCCUGUUUCUUAUAACGAAAUUGAUGGAAGUUCAUACACAAACAAAGAAAUCAUAUUCCCACCUCAGCUUUUGAUGAGGAAAUCAAGCUAUAUAAGCUUAAAAGGAUCUGGUGGGAUCGAAUGGCAUAGGCCAUUACUGUUGAAACAUGUAUUGGAGUUAAAAGAAAGAUACCCUGAUGCAAAAUUAGUUGUAGGAAACACGGAAGUGGGAAUUGAAACUAGGUUAAAGAAAAUUCACUACCCGGUUUUCAUAUCUGUUACCCAUGUACCUGAGCUUAAUAUGCUGAGUGUUAACGAUGGUGGCAUGGAGAUAGGUGCUGCUGUUAGGCUGUCAGAGCUUCAGAAAUUUCUCAAAAAAAUUGUUGAGGACCAUCCUUCUUAUGAAACAUCAGCUUGUAAGGCUAUCAUUGAACAAAUAAAAUGGUUUGCUGGAACUCAGAUAAGAAAUGUUGCAUCUGUUGGAGGGAACAUAUGCACUGCCAGUCCAAUUUCAGACUUGAAUCCUCUUUGGAUGGCUUCAGGAGCAAAGUUUCAAAUCAUUGACUGCAAAGGAAACAUUAGAACUUCCCUGGCUGAAAAUUUCUUCUUGGGUUAUCGUAAAGUGGAUUUGGGGGUUAAUGAGAUUCUUCUUUCGGUUUUUCUUCCUUGGACUCGGCGGUUUGAGCAUGUGAAAGAAUAUAAGCAGGCUCACCGAAGAGAUGAUGAUAUUGCACUUGUAAAUGCUGGAAUGCGUGUUUAUCUUGAAGAAAAGGAUCAGAAGUGGAUUGUUUCGGAUGCAUGUAUUGUCUAUGGCGGGGUUGCUGCUAUUUCGCUAUCGGCCAUAAGAACAAAAGAUUAUCUUAUUGGGAAGGCAUGGAACAAGGAACUUUUGCAGCAUUCUUUGGAAAUCUUGAGGCAGGAUAUCGUGAUUUCGGAAGAUGCACCAGGUGGUAUGGUGGAGUUUCGUAAAUCUUUGACUCUAAGUUUCUUUUUCAAAUUCUUCUUGUGGGUAUCUCAUCAAAUGGACGGUCAAGAUUUCUUUAACGAACCUGUACCUAAGUCGUAUCUAUCGGCUGUUGAGUCAUUUCACCGUCCAUCCGUCGUGGGUAGUCAAGAUUUUGAAAUUAUGAAACAGGGCACUGCGGUGGGAUCUCCUGAGGUUCAUCUGUCAGCAAGACUUCAGGUAACAGGAGAGGCCGAGUACACGGAUGACACCCCAAUGCCGCCUGGUGGUUUACAUGCCGCUUUAAUAUUAAGCAAGAAGCCUCAUGCUCGUCUUCUCUCAAUUGAUGAUUCAGGCGCCAGAUCUUCACCUGGGUUUGCCGGGAUCUUUUUUGCCAAAGAUGUUCCAGGUGAUAAUACUACUGGCCCUGUUGUUGCAGACGAGGAAGUUUUUGCUUCGGAGAUCGUCACUUGUGUCGGCCAGAUUAUAGGAGUUGUUGUUGCUGACACUCACGAAAACGCCAAACUUGCAGCAAGAAAAGUUGUCAUCGAGUAUGAAGUUCUGCCUGCGAUCUUAUCCAUAGAGGAUGCUGUUAAGUCCAAAAGUUUUCACCCUGAUUCGUAUAGGUCUUUAAGUAAAGGGGAUGUUGGACUCUGUUUUCAAUCCGAUGAAUGCCAUACGGUCAUCGAGGGUGAGGUUCAUAUUGGAGGCCAAGAACACUUCUAUUUGGAGCCACAAAGCAGUUUCGUUUGGACUAUGGACGGUGGCAAUGAGGUUCACAUGAUUUCAUCAACUCAAGCACCACAAAAGCAUCAAAAGUAUGUGUCACAUGUGCUUGGUCUCCCGAUGUCGAAAGUGGUUUGUAAGAUAAAGCGAAUUGGUGGUGGAUUUGGUGGGAAGGAGACGAGAUCCGCUGUAUUUGCCGCUGUUGCCGCUGUGCCUUCAUACCUGUUGAAUCGUCCUGUAAAACUUACGUUAGACAGGGAUAUAGAUAUGAUGAUAUCUGGGCAGCGGCAUAGCUUUCUUGGAAAGUAUAAGGUUGGGUUCACGAAUGAAGGGAAGGUGCUUGCACUUGAUCUUGAAAUCUAUAACAAUGCGGGGAAUUCGCUUGAUCUUUCUCAAGCAAUACUCGAACGUGCAAUGUAUCACUCGGAUAAUGUCUACGAGAUUCCCCAUGUUAGAGUUAGAGGAAGUGUUUGCUUCACUAAUUUUCCUAGCAACACUGCGUUCAGAGGGUUUGGUGGACCUCAAGGCAUGCUCGUUACUGAGAAUUGGAUUCAUAGAAUUGCCAUGGAAGUUGAGAAAAGUCCAGAAGAGAUCAGAGAAAUUAAUUUCUUGAGUGAAGGGUCAAUAUUACACUAUGGUCAACAAAUUCAAGACUGUACUUUGCAUCGGCUGUGGGAUGAACUUAAGAAAUCCUGCAACUUUCUGAAAGCUCGAAGUGAAGUUGAAGAGUUCAAUCUUAAUAAUCGAUGGAAAAAACGUGGAAUUGCUAUGGUUCCAACGAAAUUUGGCAUUUCAUUUACGACAAAGUUCAUGAACCAGGCAGGUGCACUCGUUCAAGUGUAUACAGAUGGAACCGUGUUGGUCACACAUGGCGGUGUCGAGAUGGGACAGGGUUUACAUACUAAGGUUGCGCAAAUUGCUGCUUCCGCCUUUGAAAUUCCUCUUAGCUCGGUAUUUAUUUCAGAGACGAGUACUGACAAGGUUCCUAAUGCAUCUCCGACAGCAGCUUCCGCUAGUUCUGAUAUGUAUGGUGCCGCAGUUUUGGAUGCUUGCAAGCAAAUAAAAGCAAGAAUGGAGCCGAUCGCAUCUAGGAAAAAACAUACUUCUUUUGAGGAGUUGGUAAAUGCAUGCUAUUUUGAGCGUGUAGAUCUUUCUGCACACGGGUUUUACAUCGUCCCUGACAUUGGUUUUGACUGGGGGACCGGCAAAGGCCAUCCGUUCAGGUAUUUCACAUAUGGAGCUGCGUUUGCGGAGGUGGAAAUCGACGCAUUAACCGGAGAUUUCCACACAAGGGCCGCAGAUGUUAUAUUGGAUCUCGGAUUCUCCAUCAAUCCAGCCAUUGACAUCGGACAGAUUGAAGGAGCAUUUGUGCAAGGUAUUGGAUGGGUGGCUUUGGAGGAGUUGAAAUGGGGAGAUGAAGCUCACAAAUGGAUUCAAUCAGGUUGCUUGUUCACAUCUGGUCCUGGAAAUUAUAAAAUUCCAUCUGUCAAUGAUGUCCCAUUCAAGUUCAAGGUUUCUCUAUUGAAGGAUGCUCCGAAUGAUAAGGCCAUACAUUCAUCAAAAGCUGUUGGUGAACCUCCAUUCUUUCUGGCUACAUCGGUGUUUUUUGCCAUAAAAGAUGCGAUUGUAGCUGCAAGAGCUGAAUCGGGGUGCCAUGGCUGGUUUCCUCUCGACAACCCUGCAACUCCUGAGCGCAUCCGGAUGGCGUGUACCGAUGACUUCACCACACCAUUUGCCAAAUCUGAUUUCAGACCCAAACUCAGUGUUUAGUAAACCAAUGUUAUUCAAGAAAUCUUUAGAUGCAAAUCUGCACGUCAACAACUAUGGAGGAAAAGAGAGGGAUGAACAGAUGUCUUUUUUCUACUCUGCGUAAUUAAAAAAGGAAAACAGGUAUUUACUCAGACUUGUUUGGUUUGUAUUAUUUCACUUUUUUAGUUUAAUUCAGCAUCUUUGUAUACCCAUCAAAAUUAAACAUAAUAUUUCAGUGCAGCUUUCUUGCUUCUCAUUGAUUUAUCGUA